AUGAGGCAAAGCGAGUCUCUUCAGGGAGUCUUCGUGUAUGACGAGCAACGAGAUGCAAUUGGCAAGUCCAGGAGGUAUGGAGCACUGGCAGUCGCUUCAUGUGCGACCGCGAGGAUCUUUGCUGCUGCACCGAUCUUGCUGCUGCUACCACUGGUGAUCUCGAUGAUCGAAAAGCACAGCACAGUGUUCACGCGAUCCAAGACGCGGUGGCUGUGCGUGCCGACUCUGCUUGGCUUGGUUGGCUGUGCGAUUCAGUUUUUGGUGCCCUUGACGUUUGGAUUGUUCCGACAGACGGCGCAGCUUGUGUAA